CUCAGCCACAGCUGCUAACCUCCCAGAGACCACGACCAUGGGCGAAAGCACCCCGGUCCCAAAGGCUUCCAGCUCGAAAAAUGCAACAAAGCCUCGCAAACGUUUUGUUGGGAGCAAAUCCGCGACCCCGUCCAAACCAGGCGUUUCCCCGAUCGUCGCAAACCAGAUUCCCCAGGACAUCCUGAACGAUGCUCAGCUCACUGCAGCGAUCAAGCAGCUGCCUUCAAAUUACGCCUUCGAGAUUCACAAGACGAUUCAUCACAUAAGGAAGAAUAAUGCGAAGAUGGUCGCGUUGCAGAUGCCUGAGGGGCUGCAGAUGUUUGCUUGCACGAUUGCGGAUAUCAUCGAACGAUUCACCGAUGCGCUUACUGUGAUCAUGGGCGAUGUCACAUAUGGUGCAUGCUGCAUCGACGAUUACACCGCCGUUGCUUUGGGCUGCGAUAUGCUUGUACACUACGGCCAUAGCUGUCUUGUACCCAUUGACCAGACGACGAUCAAGACACUAUACAUCUUCGUUGAGAUUGCUAUCGACUCGUCCCACCUGAUCCAGACCAUCCGCCUCAACUUCCCCACCGACCGGCGACGGUUUCACGACGCUCUGCUCGACUCCGAGGAGACUGACAGCCAAAUCCCUUCUGGCAGGCCAUUGACGCAAAGCAAUCACCUCCGAAUAGAGGGUCCUCCUCCGAUGGAGAGUUCACAUACAGAUUUACCGGACACGCAUUCAGGAGUCUCUAUUGCAUCUCAAGAGCCGACCAGGCUGGCCCUUGUAUCGACCAUCCAGUUUGUAGCCGCCCUGUCACGGCUGAAGGACGACCUCACAACGGAGUAUGCUGAAGAAGAGCCUCGUCCCAGUAUUGGGAGGAUCGAGGAUACUCCUAAUCAGGAUGGGGAUGACCUCGCAUUAGGCCGACCCAAGCUAUGGACCGGCAAAUACGACGCCAUUAUCCCGCGCUCCAAGCCUCUAUCACCGGGAGAGAUCCUAGGAUGCACGGCGCCGACGCUGGAUGGCGUAGAUGCUCUCAUUUACUUGGGUGAUGGCCGAUUCCACUUGGAAUCCAUCAUGAUCGCCAAUCCUUCCGUACCCGCCUUCCGCUACGACCCCUACUCCAAGAAGUUCACGCGCGAGCGGUACAACCACACCGAAAUGCGCACCAUUCGGGACGAGGCCGUCCAAGCGGCACGACGGAGCAUAGAGCACUUCGCACCCUCACCGGAAGAGAGCCGCGCCCUGCAGACCAAGCAGCCGUCCGAGCCUCCGCUGUGGGGCGUCGUACUCGGUACGCUGGGCCGCCAGGGCAGCUUUAAGCAGCUCCAGGCCAUCACGCACCAGCUCAGCUCCUCGCGCACGCAGAUCCCGUAUAUGCCCAUCCUCCUCUCCGAACUCUCGCCCGCGAAGCUCGCCCUCUUCAACCCACACAUCUCCACUUUCGUGCAGACGUCCUGUCCGCGCUUGUCUAUCGAUUGGGGCUAUGCUUUCGACAGGCCAUUGCUUACUCCUUACGAGACUGCUGUGGCCGUAGGCAAGGCUAUUGGAUGGAUGCAGGAUAGCAAGGCUGACGAUGGGAAGAAGAAUGGAGGUGUCUACCCGAUGGACUUUUAUGCGGCUGGCAGUCCCUGGGCAGUGGCAAGGACGAAGGCGACGUAUUGAAUGGCUGUCAGGGGAAUGGCUGCAACUUCCAUGUAUCGCUAGAAGCUCUGAUUGUAUGCACCAAUGAAUAACAAUGCACA